UACUUUUUAAAAAUUUAAAAGAUCAGCACUCUUUUAAGGUAUUUCAUAAACAAAACAAAUUCCAUAAUCCAUCAAAUAUCCGUAAAACAAGUUAACCAUCUAUCUUGAGUUAACCACUCUCUCUCUCUUAUAAAAAAAAAAAUACCCUACACCACUGGGUAGGCGCUACCAAUGAAAAUGGUUCUCCUAACACCACCCCCUACUCCCGCUCCCGCUCCCGCUACCACCGGCAUCUCGUCAAAUGGGUUUUACGUAACCUUAAUAGGCUCAAUGCAUUCCUUGUUGGCUUUGUGGAAAAAGAAACCUAAUAGCCGAGGUACUACAACCAAAAAAUUAGGUGACAAUUCAUCGCUAGCAAAACCAAAGAAAUUUCUGGCGAAGAUAAGCAAUAUUAAAGCGAGGAAUAGAAAAAAGGCUAAGAAUGAGGAAGAGAAGGAAGUUGAAGAUGAUGAGGAGUUUGGUGAUGAAGGGCUGUGGCAAAGAGAGAUUUUGAUGGGCGAUAAAUGUCAGCCGUUGGAUUUUUCUGGCGUAAUUUACUACGAUAGAUAUGGGAAGCGUUUGCCUGAGGUACCAAUAAAAUCGCCACGGGCUAGUCCUUUACCUAGUUAUCUUUACGCAUCAUCAAAAUAUGCAGACCUGAAAUAAUUAAUUAAGGAGUGUGAGUUAUUAUAUCAUGCAUUUUUUUUGGGGGGGGGGGGGGUGUGGGUUUUAUGUGAUUAGGAAGUUAGGUUUAUUUUUGGUUAGGAGUCAAAGCCACAGAAGAUGGAGAUGGGUAGCUUGUUAAUAAUUUGUGUGAAUUCUUCAUUUAAUUAAAGGCUGUUGAAUUUGUGGGGACAAAUAUUUCAGCUAUAGUUGAUCGAUUGUUAACUUAAUGUACUUUCUAAUAUUUCUAUUUCUAUUU